AAAACAAAGGGAGCCAUGGCUCGUUCCCUCAACCCGUUUCUCUCUAUUAUACUAUGGAUAUUGGUAACCGGACCGGCGAUUUCCUCAGCGGCGUACUGUAAUACGACCAAACUUGAAGAAAAGAACGAAACUGCAUCAUGUACGCAAUUGUUGACCAUGGUCGGAAAUGGAUUUUUCCCGGUCAUGGACGAGAUUUACAAACUGAACCCAGGAAAGGAUCUCAAGCAGAAAAAUGCAGUGGAACUCUCCACAAUGGACAUCCCAUGUUUUUAUACUAGCAAAAAAGAGGUGGACAAGUGGGGCUGUUGCGACGGUUACGGUGGUAACGACUGCAACGAUCCUGUUUGUCAGGGUGGAUGCGGGCCAGAUGGGCUCUGUGUGAAACCCGACCUCUGCGAGUGUAAAAACAAUUAUACUGGGAGAAACUGUGAGGAGGCUCCAGGAGAGUCCUACUGCUACGUUGGCAAAUUCUGUAGCGGCUCCAAGAAGAGUCAGUACACGGCAGAAGGCCCUUGUUGUACAGAAGGUGGAUCUUGGGGUAACCGAGACACUUGCAGCAUCUGCAACAAGGUGAACGCAACAGUCAUUGGCGGUGAGGGUGAUUUCCGUACGAAGACCUGCCGAUCUUUCGGAGAGUGCAGCUACCGUACCUUCGACGGCGUCGAUUACCACUACUGUUCAACUUGCACAAUGACUCUCAUCCAGAACGCCAACAUCAAGAUCACCGCUUACACAACUUGUGAUCCCGGUUCUACAUGCAAGUGCAAGAAGUCUCUCACAAUCACAAUGGACGGAAAAUCAUACACCUACAGUAGCGAAACUGGAAAAGUGACCAGCCCUGAUGGAACUGAAACUGAAAUUUCAGGCGAACCAAAAAGCCUUGGAGACAUUACCGUUUACGAAAAGAUGGAACGUAAGAACUUCAAACUCUCGAAAUUCGAGAUCACCGUCGGUGUUGAUGAUGACGGUAUGGCAGUGGUCACAGCCGACAGGGCAACGCUUGAAGAUGGAGGUUUCACCGGAAUGUGCGGUAACGGCAAGGGCGAUCCAGCAGCUGAAUACGCUCUCCUAAGCAAUCCCGUCGAAGUCAAGGGUAUCGCAGGCAGUUUCAGAAGCUCAGACAAGUGUGGCGAGGGUCUGAGACGCUGCGCUGCUGGGGAGGAGGAAGACAAUGCUAGCAAGGCCUGUGCUUGGCUCAGAAGCAGUGGAUUCAGAACCUGCAACGAUAUCGUGAACCCCACAUUGAGCCAGUAUGAGUGCAAGAGAGCCUACUGCAAUGCCGCGACCCCUGAGCUCAAACAGGAAGCUGUGUGCAACACGCUGUCUCUCUAUGCUUCCAUGUGUAUUGCUAAGCAAGUCUACUUUAAAUGGCGAACGAAGAGCUUCUGUCCCAAGCAGUGCCCCGCUGGAAAGGUCUUCUCUGUGUAUGCAUCCCCAUGCCCUGCAAUGUGCGGUAUGAUGGACACAGAAAACCUUCUGAGGCUCAGUAGUCCAGAAUGUUCUCAACACAUGGCUGGAUGUGUCUGCGAAGCCGGAAAGGUCAUAGACAAUGCAGGAAAUUGCGUGGUCCCUAAUGAAUGCAAGUGCGUCUACGACAAGAAGCUUUUUGCCAUCGACGAAAAGAUGUACACGAAGGACAAGUGUAUGUCAUGUACCUGUCAAACCUAUGGCAUAUGGAAAUGUGUUAAGGAGGACUGUCCAGGCACCUGCGAAGUUAAAGGUCUCAAAACCGUCAGACAGUUUGAUCAGUCCUCUUUCAAGGUGUCCAACAGAGGAGCAACUGAGUGUUCCUUCACAUUGUUGGAGCUCCCAGGCAAAAUGAAAGUCGAAGCUGCAGCAGCAGCAGACAUGAGUCUCAUGACAGUCACAGUUACCAGAGGAAGCGACAGCUAUCAGAUCGGUGUGAAAGACACCACCUUCAAAGUGAAUGGUCAAACCAAACCUCUUCCAUUCUUCAAGACUGGAUUGUUCAUCAGCACAGCCGCGGAUAUCUACGUUGUUGAAUUCAUGGACCUCACAGUUUCAAUCGACAAGACCAGCGGUAUCCACAUUUCAGCAAGACCCAGUGUCUACUCAACCAGGGUGACAGGUCUCUGUGGUAACUUCGACUAUAACCCUGCUAACGACCUCAUCGACCCAGUAUCGCAGGGUCAGUUCAGUGAAGAAGACUUCAUUGCCGGGAACUCCCAGGACAGGUGUCUUGCAUUUGAUGCGUAUGACACCACAUCCAAAACACCACAGUGUGUGAACAUGAGAAAAGCUAUCACCAACAAGUGCCCAACAUUGGACAUGAGCAAACUGGAUGAGUACGAAGUGGCCUGUGAGGCCAUGCGUGGAGUGGGAGUAUGUAGCCUUCUCAAAGGAAUGCUUCGUGAUUGUGGCAUCUGCCUUACCCAGUUCAACGACUCAGCUACAGUAGAUUGCUCGUCAAUGACCACGUGUGCAGCUGGGGCCGGCGACCAAGACGACGAUAAGCAAUAUAGCUGUUGCGUGAAGAGCUGUGCGACUUCCUGUCGUGACAUCAGUCUAAGUGGUGGAAAAUGCAAUGGCGACUGUCUGCAGGGCUGCACUUGCAAGCCAGGAAACUAUCUUGACCAAGAAAAUAACUGUGUUCCACAGGAUCAGUGCAACUGCUACUCACUGGAGGAUCCUUACACGGCCAUUAAACCCGGCGCCAAGGUCACCAUCGGUUGCCAGGAAUGCGUUUGUGCAAGUGGCAAACUGUCCUGCACCAAUACAACAUGUGAGAAGAUGACCUGUCUUGGUACCCAAGUGCUGGCUGAAGUCCCCGAGGGUACCUGCAUGCCAACGUGCCAGAUGCCCGGCAGGAAGAGCGCCUGCAAGCAACUUCCACAGAGAAAUGGCGAGUUCAUCUUGCAGGAAGCCUGCUACUGCCCCAAUGGAACUAUUGAGGACCCGUCUGGUAAAUGUAUUAAGGAGGGUGAAUGUCCAUGCUACGAUACAGGGGAUUACUUCGCGCAGGGAUCCAUCAUCUCUGCUGGCUGCCACCAAAAGAAAUGUAACAACGCUAAGUGGGAAGUUCUCGAUUCAAGCACUUGCAGACAAAUCUGUACGCUGUCCGGAACCCAGCAAUUCUUCCAAACCUUUGAUGGCGACGCAUACUACUUCCCCGGUUCCAGUGACGGAUCGUGCCAGUAUGUCAUGUUGGAGUACAAUGACAUCAAGGUUCUUAUUCAAGGCUACAAGUGUCGAGGUACCGAGACCAUGUGUACCAAAUCCCUUGAAAUACAGUUGGGUGAAGGCCUCACUAUGACAAUGGCAAGAUCUAAAGGUAUUGACAUCAACGGUCAGAACUACCCAGAAGGAACUAUAAACAACAUAUUGGAUGGCAUCCAGGUGCGACUUACCGCUCUUACAUAUCACAUCCUCGCCCGCAACUUUGUCAUCACAUGGGACCAAGGUCUGUACGUGAAACUUGAAGUACCCGAGGCAUGGGCAAAUCAAACCAAAGGUUUGUGUGGCAACAACAAUGGAAACAAUCAGGACGACAAAACGUUGCAAACAGGCGCCCUUGCUACUGAUGCUGCUGCGUUUGGAAAUUCCUGGAGAGUGUCUCCCGAUAAGUGUGUCGAGUAUGUGCCCACGGGCAAAGAGCCAUGUGAGACAAACGCCGAUAGGAAAGAUUGGGCAACAAGUGCUUGCCAAGUACUUUACAGCCCAGAGUUUCAACAAUGUCGAAACAAAAUGGCGACAAGAACACAUACCCUCUUUAAAUUCUGCGAGUCUGAGGCAUGCGGUUGUGACAAGGGAGGCGACUGUGAAUGCUUGUGUAACGCCAUUGCCACCUACGCUGCUGAGUGUAUGAACCUUCAUGGCAUUGCUGUUAAGUGGAGAACGCAGAGAUUGUGCCCCAUCCAGUGUGAAGGUGGAAGUCAGUAUAGAGCCUGUGGCAACCCUUGUCAACCAAGCUGCGCCGAAUCCACCAUCAGCGACACUGUCGGCGAAAUCUGCAACAGCACCCAUUGUGUUGAGGGUUGUUUCUGUCCAGAAGGAACUGUCAUGGACGAGGAGUCGAAACGAUGCGUGCCACUGGAAGAAUGCCCCUGCAAAGACAAAAACAGCUUCAUCUACCAACCAGGACAGAACUUCACACGGGAUUGCCAACUCUGCACAUGCAAAAAGGGCGAGCUGGAAUGCACAGGCAAGACUUGCGGCGAGUGUGACGAGACACAACACAGCUGUGGAGAGGUGCAGGGCGUUCUUAUGUGCAUCAACAAGGACAAGGUCUGUGACGGCAUGAGGGACUGCAGCGACGGUUCAGAUGAAGUCAACUGCAAUGUAACCUGCACUGAUCUCCAGUUCACCUGCGACUCUGGACAAUGCAUACCAAAGGACUUCUAUUGCAACAGUCUCAAGGAGUGUGAUGACGGAUCCGACGAACGCGAUUGCAAAAUAACGUGCAGCAAUGAAACUUUCGUAUGUGCUGACAAACCAACCAUGUGCCUUCCAAUGUCCUUUGUCUGCGAUGGAGAGAAAGACUGCACUGAUGGCUCAGACGAAGCGGGUUGCCACGUGUGUCCAAAGAACGAGACACAAUGUGUUGAGAACGACAGUUGCAUCCCCAAGGACCGAAGCUGUGACGGCCACGAUGACUGUGGUGAUGGGUCUGACGAGAAGGGAUGCACUACACCGAUGUCAACAACUCCCCAGUGUGACGUGGAGAAGGUGUCAACCGGGUACCUCACCGUUCAGACGAAGGAUAAUAACGUCAUGGCUCAGUUGGCUGCCAACGGAGGAAAUUUCAACACAAGUGUCGAUGGGGACAUCGAACUUGAACUUACUAUCAUUGCUAAAGCUGGGACAGAGCCGAAAGUGUUCGGAGUUAGCUUCGGAGCUGACAACAUGACCGAUAGCAAGGUCACCAUAGAAACGCCAGAUGGAGGCAAGAAAGUCUAUGAGAAUCCAGCUAUUGAAAAUGAUAUCGCAACGUUUGUCAUAGCUGGAGAUAAAGUGACUAAGAUCCUGGUGGAGAUAAAGGUCCUUCUUACAGUAACAGUUAUCCAUGACAUCGUGGUGGAAGCGUGCUACGAGCCAGGUGAAACAACUAUUCCCACCACAAGUGCCACAACAACAAGUGCCACAACAACAAGUGGUACAACAACAAGUGGGACCACGACUACGUCUUCAACUACACCUACAGUGCCAUGUACUAGUGAGGAAGAAUGGUGCAUGGAGGUGAAUAUUUGUAUAAGCAAGAGUGCUGUCUGCGACGGUAAAUGUGACUGCAAUACAACACGGGCUGGGCAACCCUAUUGCGAAGAUGAAGACGAUGACCGAUGCGCAACAACAUCAGCUACCACUGUCACAGAAAUUACGCAGACAACAUCAGAGGUCACACCUUCAACUACUACUGCUGGAACCCCAUGUGAAAAUAUUAUGGUAGGACAGGAUCUCCCCUCUGCUCUUGAGAAGCUCGGCAAGUCUCUUGGUAUUUAUCCAAGUGGAGACAUUGUCUCAGUCACAAAUCCAACUGAUGGCCAGAUCUUGAACCCCCUUGAAGCGGAAGAAGCAACUGCUACUAUUCCUGGCCAAAGGGACAUUGUUGUUAUACUAGAUGCACCAAGAGUCGAUGCUCUUAAGAAAGACAACACUGACCUAUCUCCAAGUGAAACACUUACUGGCACGGACAAGACGGUGUACGUGUACAGAGACGUUCAGGCAGGGACAUACACACCGGCUCCUGGAAGUGAAACCUUUGUUGAAGAAAAUGUACCACAGGUACAACAGCAACUUGAACAGCAACAACAAGUCGAACAACUGAAGACUGGGGACGUGCCACUUUCUGGACCAAAAUUUAUUAUUUUGUCUGCCAAUCCUAACAACGCUGUCGAUGAACUUGCUAUUAAAGUCAAGAUUUGCCAAGAGACAACAGGUACAACAACUAGUGGAACAACCACAACCAGUGGUACAACAACAACAAGUGGAACAACAACUACAAGUGGAACAACAACAGGAACGACUCCAUGUGACAAGAUUGAUCUUAUGGACUCAAGUGAGAACCCAUCACCAGCACCGACAUCAUCCCCAGUCGGUAAUACAGACAACCCUCUCUCGGAAAUUCCAUUGGAGGACUCACCUUUUGUUGACACAGUCAAAGUCACAUCUAAAACAAUCUUCACUUCAGUGCCAUCUAAGGAAACCACAAACCCUCAGGAGACUGAGUUCCCUGUCAAACCUUCGACUGAUGAGAUUAUCUUGGUAACCGAGAAAAAACCCGAUGGCUUCACAGUCAAUGGUACACCAGUUGAUACCUCCAGCAGUACCACUGGCACCAUUGGGGGUGAACCUGUUUACCUCACUACCGUGAAAAUAACUCCAAGUGAAAAUCCAGUCACAGUGGAAAGUCCUUCUGGAGAAAAGAAACCUGAAGUCUUCCAAAAGAUUGAGGGCACUCCAGAUCCAACAGAUUCUACUACUUUUGAAGUUCCCGUCAAUGGCCCAGUAUCAGACAUUCUUGUGCCGAGUACUAGUAGUGUAUCUGAAAUUGUCAUAUGCGAGCACGAGACAACAGGAACAACAACCAGUGGUACAACAACCACAAGCGGGACGACCACAACAAGUGGUACAACAACCACAAGCGGGACGACCACAACAAGUGGUACAACAACCACAAGCGGGACAACUCAGGCUGGAACCCCAUGUGAAAAUAUUAUGGUAGGACAGGAUCUCCCCUCUGCUCUUGAGAAGCUCGGCAAGUCUCUUGGUAUUUAUCCAAGUGGAGACAUUGUCUCAGUCACAAAUCCAACUGAUGGCCAGAUCUUGAACCCCCUUGAAGCGGAAGAAGCAACUGCUACUAUUCCUGGCCAAAGGGACAUUGUUGUUAUACUAGAUGCACCAAGAGUCGAUGCUCUUAAGAAAGACAACACUGACCUAUCUCCAAGUGAAACACUUACUGGCACGGACAAGACGGUGUACGUGUACAGAGACGUUCAGGCAGGGACAUACACACCGGCUCCUGGAAGUGAAACCUUUGUUGAAGAAAAUGUACCACAGGUACAACAGCAACUUGAACAGCAACAACAAGUCGAACAACUGAAGACUGGGGACGUGCCACUUUCUGGACCAAAAUUUAUUAUUUUGUCUGCCAAUCCUAACAACGCUGUCGAUGAACUUGCUAUUAAAGUCAAGAUUUGCCAAGAGACAACAGGUACAACAACUAGUGGAACAACCACAACCAGUGGUACAACAACAACAAGUGGAACAACAACUACAAGUGGAACAACAACAGGAACGACUCCAUGUGACAAGAUUGAUCUUAUGGACUCAAGUGAGAACCCAUCACCAGCACCGACAUCAUCCCCAGUCGGUAAUACAGACAACCCUCUCUCGGAAAUUCCAUUGGAGGACUCACCUUUUGUUGACACAGUCAAAGUCACAUCUAAAACAAUCUUCACUUCAGUGCCAUCUAAGGAAACCACAAACCCUCAGGAGACUGAGUUCCCUGUCAAACCUUCGACUGAUGAGAUUAUCUUGGUAACCGAGAAAAAACCCGAUGGCUUCACAGUCAAUGGUACACCAGUUGAUACCUCCAGCAGUACCACUGGCACCAUUGGGGGUGAACCUGUUUACCUCACUACCGUGAAAAUAACUCCAAGUGAAAAUCCAGUCACAGUGGAAAGUCCUUCUGGAGAAAAGAAACCUGAAGUCUUCCAAAAGAUUGAGGGCACUCCAGAUCCAACAGAUUCUACUACUUUUGAAGUUCCCGUCAAUGGCCCAGUAUCAGACAUUCUUGUGCCGAGUACUAGUAGUGUAUCUGAAAUUGUCAUAUGCGAGCACGAGACAACAGGAACAACAACCAGUGGUACAACAACCACAAGCGGGACGACCACAACAAGUGGUACAACAACCACAAGCGGGACGACCACAACAAGUGGUACAACAACCACAAGCGGGACAACUCAGGCUGGAACCCCAUGUGAAAAUAUUAUGGUAGGACAGGAUCUCCCCUCUGCUCUUGAGAAGCUCGGCAAGUCUCUUGGUAUUUAUCCAAGUGGAGACAUUGUCUCAGUCACAAAUCCAACUGAUGGCCAGAUCUUGAACCCCCUUGAAGCGGAAGAAGCAACUGCUACUAUUCCUGGCCAAAGGGACAUUGUUGUUAUACUAGAUGCACCAAGAGUCGAUGCUCUUAAGAAAGACAACACUGACCUAUCUCCAAGUGAAACACUUACUGGCACGGACAAGACGGUGUACGUGUACAGAGACGUUCAGGCAGGGACAUACACACCGGCUCCUGGAAGUGAAACCUUUGUUGAAGAAAAUGUACCACAGGUACAACAGCAACUUGAACAGCAACAACAAGUCGAACAACUGAAGACUGGGGACGUGCCACUUUCUGGACCAAAAUUUAUUAUUUUGUCUGCCAAUCCUAACAACGCUGUCGAUGAACUUGCUAUUAAAGUCAAGAUUUGCCAAGAGACAACAGGUACAACAACUAGUGGAACAACCACAACCAGUGGUACAACAACAACAAGUGGAACAACAACUACAAGUGGAACAACAACAGGAACGACUCCAUGUGACAAGAUUGAUCUUAUGGACUCAAGUGAGAACCCAUCACCAGCACCGACAUCAUCCCCAGUCGGUAAUACAGACAACCCUCUCUCGGAAAUUCCAUUGGAGGACUCACCUUUUGUUGACACAGUCAAAGUCACAUCUAAAACAAUCUUCACUUCAGUGCCAUCUAAGGAAACCACAAACCCUCAGGAGACUGAGUUCCCUGUCAAACCUUCGACUGAUGAGAUUAUCUUGGUAACCGAGAAAAAACCCGAUGGCUUCACAGUCAAUGGUACACCAGUUGAUACCUCCAGCAGUACCACUGGCACCAUUGGGGGUGAACCUGUUUACCUCACUACCGUGAAAAUAACUCCAAGUGAAAAUCCAGUCACAGUGGAAAGUCCUUCUGGAGAAAAGAAACCUGAAGUCUUCCAAAAGAUUGAGGGCACUCAAGAUCCAACAGAUUCUACUACUUUUGAAGUUCCCGUCAAUGGCCCAGUAUCAGACAUUCUUGUGCCGAGUACUAGUAGUGUAUCUGAAAUUGUCAUAUGCGAGCACGAGACAACAGGAACAACAACCAGUGGUACAACAACCACAAGCGGGACGACCACAACAAGUGGUACAACAACCACAAGCGGGACGACCACAACAAGUGGUACAACAACCACAAGCGGGACAACUCAGGCUGGAACCCCAUGUGAAAAUAUUAUGGUAGGACAGGAUCUCCCCUCUGCUCUUGAGAAGCUCGGCAAGUCUCUUGGUAUUUAUCCAAGUGGAGACAUUGUCUCAGUCACAAAUCCAACUGAUGGCAAAAUCUUGAACCCCCUUGAAGCGGAAGAAGCAACUGCUACUAUUCCUGGCCAAAGGGACAUUGUUGUUAUACUAGAUGCACCAAGAGUCGAUGCUCUUAAGAAAGACAACACUGACCUAUCUCCAAGUGAAACACUUACUGGCACGGACAAGACGGUGUACGUGUACAGAGACGUUCAGGCAGGGACAUACACACCGGCUCCUGGAAGUGAAACCUUUGUUGAAGAAAAUGUACCACAGGUACAACAGCAACUUGAACAGCAACAACAAGUCGAACAACUGAAGACUGGGGACGUGCCACUUUCUGGACCAAAAUUUAUUAUUUUGUCUGCCAAUCCCAACAACGCUGUCGAUGAACUUGCUAUUAAAGUCAAGAUUUGCCAAGAGACAACAGGUACAACAACUAGUGGAACAACCACAACCAGUGGUACAACAACAACAAGUGGAACAACAACUACAAGUGGAACAACAACAGGAACGACUCCAUGUGACAAGAUUGAUCUUAUGGACUCAAGUGAGAACCCAUCACCAGCACCGACAUCAUCCCCAGUCGGUAAUACAGACAACCCUCUCUCGGAAAUUCCAUUGGAGGACUCACCUUUUGUUGACACAGUCAAAGUCACAUCUAAAACAAUCUUCACUUCAGUGCCAUCUAAGGAAACCACAAACCCUCAGGUGACUGAGUUCCCUGUCAAACCUUCGACUGAUGAGAUUAUCUUGGUAACCGAGAAAAAACCCGAUGGCUUCACAGUCAAUGGUACACCAGUUGAUACCUCCAGCAGUACCACUGGCACCAUUGGGGGUGAACCUGUUUACCUCACUACCGUGAAAAUAACUCCAAGUGAAAAUCCAGUCACAGUGGAAAGUCCUUCUGGAGAAAAGAAACCUGAAGUCUUCCAAAAGAUUGAGGGCACUCCAGAUCCAACAGAUUCUACUACUUUUGAAGUUCCCGUCAAUGGUCCAGUAUCAGACAUUCUUGUGCCGAGUACUAGUAGUGUAUCUGAAAUUGUCAUAUGCGAGCACGAGACAACAGGUACAACGACAAGUGGAACAACUACCACAAGUGGAACAACUACAAGUGGAACAACUACCACAAGUGGAACAACUACCACAAGUGGAACAACAGGAACAACACCUUGUGAGAAGAGUGACUUAAUGAAACCUACAGAUGGUUCCACUGCACCAACUCCUGCUGAAGUUACAGCCACCCUGGAAGAAAUUAUCCUCAGUGGUAAACCACUGGUGGAUUCUGUAACUUCCACAGAAGAAAACAUCUAUGUGCCUUUAGAACCCAAGACAUCAACCGAUCAGGAAAAAUCCUUUACAGUGGAUCCUGGUACGGAUGAAAUAACCUUAUUUACAAAGAAAGAUUCAACAGACAUUAGAGUAAACAACGUUCCAGUCGAUUCGACAAAAGUUGUCCAAGGAACAAAAGACGGAAGUUCUGUUUUCAUAACAACUGUCGAUAUUGCUAAAGGAAGCACCGAGGUUACGGUCGUGCUCGCUGGAGUUGAGAUAGUAGCCGUAUUUGAAAAGGUCACAGGAGAAUCAGUUCAACCCAAUUUAUAUAAGUUCCGUCUCAACAGACCUGUUGAAAGCAUCAUUGUGCCAAAAAGCGCGACAGUUUCCAGUAUUGAUAUCUGUGAACAUGAAACAACAGGAACAACAACAACAAGUGGAACAACCACAAGUGGAACAACUUCAACCUCAACAACGACUACUGAGGGUACAGCAGGAGGUCAGACAACGGAAGCUCCAACAUCAACAACAACGCCAACAACAAGGCCAACAACAGGAACAACUACAAGUGGAACAACGACAACCAGUGGAACAACCACCACAAGUGGAACAACAACGGGAACGACUCCAUGUGACAAGAUUGAUCUUAUGGACUCAAGUGAGAACCCAUCACCAGCACCGACAUCCUCCCCAGUCGGUAAUACAGACAACCCUCUCUCGGAAAUUCCAUUGGAGGACUCACCUUUUGUUGACACAGUCAAAGUCACAUCUAAAACAAUCUUCACUUCAGUGCCAUCUAAGGAAACCACAAACCCUCAGGCGACUGAGUUCCCUGUCAAACCUUCGACUGAUGAGAUUAUCUUGGUAACCGACAAGAAACCCGAUGGCUUCACAGUCAAUGGUACACCAGUUGAUACCUCCAGCAGUACCACUGGCACCAUUGGGGGUCAACCUGUUUACCUCACUACCGUGAAAAUAACUCCAAGUGAAAAUCCAGUCACAGUGGAAAGUCCUUCUGGAGAAAAGAAACCUGAAGUCUUCCAAAAGAUUGAGGGCACUCCAGAUCCAACAGAUUCUACUACUUUUGAAGUUCCCGUCAAUGGUCCAGUAUCAGACAUUCUUGUGCCGAGCACUAGUAGUGUAUCUGAAAUUGUCAUAUGCCAGCACGAGACAACAGGAACAACUACAAGUGGAACAACGACAACCAGUGGAACAACCACCACAAGUGGAACAACAACGGGAACGACUCCAUGUGACAAGAUUGAUCUUAUGAACUCAAGUGAGAACCCAUCACCAGCACCGACAUCCUCCCCAGUCGGUAAUACAGACAACCCUCUCUCGGAAAUUCCAUUGGAGGACUCACCUUUUGUUGACACAGUCAAAGUCACAUCUAAAACAAUCUUCACUUCAGUGCCAUCUAAGGAAACCACAAACCCUCAGGCGACUGAGUUCCCUGUCAAACCUUCGACUGAUGAGAUUAUCUUGGUAACCGACAAGAAACCCGAUGGCUUCACAGUCAAUGGUACACCAGUUGAUACCUCCAGCAGUACCACUGGCACCAUUGGGGGUGAACCUGUUUACCUCACUACCGUGAAAAUAACUCCAAGUGAAAAUCCAGUCACAGUGGAAAGUCCUUCUGGAGAAAAGAAACCUGAAGUCUUCCAAAAGAUUGAGGGCACUCCAGAUCCAACAGAUUCUACUACUUUUGAAGUUCCCGUCAAUGGUCCAGUAUCAGACAUUCUUGUGCCGAGUACUAGUAGUGUAUCUGAAAUUGUCAUAUGCCAGCACGAGACAACAGGAACAACUACAAGUGGAACAACAACCAGUGGAACAACAACCAGUGGAACUACAACAAGUGGAACAACAACCAGUGGAACAACAACAACCAGUGGAACAACAACGGGAACGACUCCAUGUGACAAGAUUGAUCUUAUGAACUCAAGUGAGAACCCAUCACCAGCACCGACAUCCUCCCCAGUCGGUAAUACAGACAACCCUCUCUCGGAAAUUCCAUUGGAGGACUCACCUUUUGUUGACACAGUCAAAGUCACAUCUAAAACAAUCUUCACUUCAGUGCCAUCUAAGGAAACCACAAACCCUCAGGCGACUGAGUUCCCUGUCAAACCUUCGACUGAUGAGAUUAUCUUGGUAACCGACAAGAAACCCGAUGGCUUCACAGUCAAUGGUACACCAGUUGAUACCUCCAGCAGUACCACUGGCACCAUUGGGGGUGAACCUGUUUACCUCACUACCGUGAAAAUAACUCCAAGUGAAAAUCCAGUCACAGUGGAAAGUCCUUCUGGAGAAAAGAAACCUGAAGUCUUCCAAAAGAUUGAGGGCACUCCAGAUCCAACAGAUUCUACUACUUUUGAAGUUCCCGUCAAUGGUCCAGUAUCAGACAUUCUUGUGCCGAGUACUAGUAGUGUAUCUGAAAUUGUCAUAUGCCAGCACGAGACAACAGGAACAACUACAAGUGGAACAACGACAACCAGUGGAACAACCACCACAAGUGGUACAACCACAACAAGUGGUACAACCACUACAAGUGGAACAACAACCAGUGGAACAACAACCAGUGGAACUACAACCAGUGGAACAACAACAACCAGUGGAACAACAACGGGAACGACUCCAUGUGACAAGAUUGAUCUUAUGGACUCAAGUGAGAACCCAUCACCAGCACCGACAUCCUCCCCAGUCGGUAAUACAGACAACCCUCUCUCGGAAAUUCCAUUGGAGGACUCACCUUUUGUUGACACAGUCAAAGUCACAUCUAAAACAAUCUUCACUUCAGUGCCAUCUAAGGAAACCACAAACCCUCAGGCGACUGAGUUCCCUGUCAAACCUUCGACUGAUGAGAUUAUCUUGGUAACCGACAAGAAACCCGAUGGCUUCACAGUCAAUGGUACACCAGUUGAUACCUCCAGCAGUACCACUGGCACCAUUGGGGGUGAACCUGUUUACCUCACUACCGUGAAAAUAACUCCAAGUGAAAAUCCAGUCACAGUGGAAAGUCCUUCUGGAGAAAAGAAACCUGAAGUCUUCCAAAAGAUUGAGGGCACUCCAGAUCCAACAGAUUCUACUACUUUUGAAGUUCCCGUCAAUGGUCCAGUAUCAGACAUUCUUGUGCCGAGUACUAGUAGUGUAUCUGAAAUUGUCAUAUGCCAGCACGAGACAACAGGAACAACUACAAGUGGAACAACGACAACCAGUGGAACAACCACCACAAGUGGUACAACCACAACAAGUGGUACAACCACUACAAGUGGAACAACAACCAGUGGAACAACAACCAGUGGAACUACAACCAGUGGAACAACAACAACCAGUGGAACAACAACGGGAACGACUCCAUGUGACAAGAUUGAUCUUAUGGACUCAAGUGAGAACCCAUCACCAGCACCGACAUCCUCCCCAGUCGGUAAUACAGACAACCCUCUCUCGGAAAUUCCAUUGGAGGACUCACCUUUUGUUGACACAGUCAAAGUCACAUCUAAAACAAUCUUCACUUCAGUGCCAUCUAAGGAAACCACAAACCCUCAGGCGACUGAGUUCCCUGUCAAACCUUCGACUGAUGAGAUUAUCUUGGUAACCGACAAGAAACCCGAUGGCUUCACAGUCAAUGGUACACCAGUUGAUACCUCCAGCAGUACCACUGGCACCAUUGGGGGUGAACCUGUUUACCUCACUACCGUGAAAAUAACUCCAAGUGAAAAUCCAGUCACAGUGGAAAGUCCUUCUGGAGAAAAGAAACCUGAAGUCUUCCAAAAGAUUGAGGGCACUCCAGAUCCAACAGAUUCUACUACUUUUGAAGUUCCCGUCAAUGGUCCAGUAUCAGACAUUCUUGUGCCGAGUACUAGUAGUGUAUCUGAAAUUGUCAUAUGCCAGCACGAGACAACAGGAACAACUACAAGUGGAACAACGACAACCAGUGGAACAACCACCACAAGUGGUACAACCACAACAAGUGGUACAACCACUACAAGUGGAACAACAACCAGUGGAACAACAACCAGUGGAACUACAACCAGUGGAACAACAACAACCAGUGGAACAACAACGGGAACGACUCCAUGUGACAAGAUUGAUCUUAUGGACUCAAGUGAGAACCCAUCACCAGCACCGACAUCCUCCCCAGUCGGUAAUACAGACAACCCUCUCUCGGAAAUUCCAUUGGAGGACUCACCUUUUGUUGACACAGUCAAAGUCACAUCUAAAACAAUCUUCACUUCAGUGCCAUCUAAGGAAACCACAAACCCUCAGGCGACUGAGUUCCCUGUCAAACCUUCGACUGAUGAGAUUAUCUUGGUAACCGACAAGAAACCCGAUGGCUUCACAGUCAAUGGUACACCAGUUGAUACCUCCAGCAGUACCACUGGCACCAUUGGGGGUGAACCUGUUUACCUCACUACCGUGAAAAUAACUCCAAGUGAAAAUCCAGUCACAGUGGAAAGUCCUUCUGGAGAAAAGAAACCUGAAGUCUUCCAAAAGAUUGAGGGCACUCCAGAUCCAACAGAUUCUACUACUUUUGAAGUUCCCGUCAAUGGUCCAGUAUCAGACAUUCUUGUGCCGAGCACUAGUAGUGUAUCUGAAAUUGUCAUAUGCGAGCACGAGACAACAGGAACAACUACAAGUGGAACAACGACAACCAGUGGAACAACCACCACAAGUGGUACAACCACAACAAGUGGUACAACCACUACAAGUGGAACAACAACCAGUGGAACAACAACAACCAGUGGAACAACAACAACCAGUGGAACAACAACGGGAACGACUCCAUGUGACAAGAUUGAUCUUAUGAACUCAAGUGAGAACCCAUCACCAGCACCGACAUCCUCCCCAGUCGGUAAUACAGACAACCCUCUCUCGGAAAUUCCAUUGGAGGACUCACCUUUUGUUGACACAGUCAAAGUCACAUCUAAAACAAUCUUCACUUCAGUGCCAUCUAAGGAAACCACAAACCCUCAGGCGACUGAGUUCCCUGUCAAACCUUCGACUGAUGAGAUUAUCUUGGUAACCGACAAGAAACCCGAUGGCUUCACAGUCAAUGGUACACCAGUUGAUACCUCCAGCAGUACCACUGGCACCAUUGGGGGUCAACCUGUUUACCUCACUACCGUGAAAAUAACUCCAAGUGAAAAUCCAGUCACAGUGGAAAGUCCUUCUGGAGAAAAGAAACCUGAAGUCUUCCAAAAGAUUGAGGGCACUCCAGAUCCAACAGAUUCUACUACUUUUGAAGUUCCCGUCAAUGGUCCAGUAUCAGACAUUCUUGUGCCGAGUACUAGUAGUGUAUCUGAAAUUGUCAUAUGCCAGCACGAGACAACAGGAACAACUACAAGUGGAACAACGACAACCAGUGGAACAACCACCACAAGUGGUACAACCACAACAAGUGGUACAACAACUACAAGUGGAACAACAACCAGUGGAACAACAACCAGUGGAACAACAACAACCAGUGGAACAACAACGGGAACGACUCCAUGUGACAAGAUUGAUCUUAUGGACUCAAGUGAGAACCCAUCACCAGCACCGACAUCCUCCCCAGUCGGUAAUACAGACAACCCUCUCUCGGAAAUUCCAUUGGAGGACUCACCUUUUGUUGACACAGUCAAAGUCACAUCUAAAACAAUCUUCACUUCAGUGCCAUCUAAGGAAACCACAAACCCUCAGGCGACUGAGUUCCCUGUCAAACCUUCGACUGAUGAGAUUAUCUUGGUAACCGACAAGAAACCCGAUGGCUUCACAGUCAAUGGUACACCAGUUGAUACCUCCAGCAGUACCACUGGCACCAUUGGGGGUGAACCUGUUUACCUCACUACCGUGAAAAUAACUCCAAGUGAAAAUCCAGUCACAGUGGAAAGUCCUUCUGGAGAAAAGAAACCUGAAGUCUUCCAAAAGAUUGAGGGCACUCCAGAUCCAACAGAUUCUACUACUUUUGAAGUUCCCGUCAAUGGUCCAGUAUCAGACAUUCUUGUGCCGAGUACUAGUAGUGUAUCUGAAAUUGUCAUAUGCCAGCACGAGACAACAGGAACAACAACCAGUGGAACAACGACAACCAGUGGAACAACCACCACAAGUGGAACAACAACGGGAACGACUCCAUGUGACAAGAUUGAUCUUAUGAACUCAAGUGAGAACCCAUCACCAGCACCGACAUCCUCCCCAGUCGGUAAUACAGACAACCCUCUCUCGGAAAUUCCAUUGGAGGACUCACCUUUUGUUGACACAGUCAAAGUCACAUCUAAAACAAUCUUCACUUCAGUGCCAUCUAAGGAAACCACAAACCCUCAGGCGACUGAGUUCCCUGUCAAACCUUCGACUGAUGAGAUUAUCUUGGUAACCGACAAGAAACCCGAUGGCUUCACAGUCAAUGGUACACCAGUUGAUACCUCCAGCAGUACCACUGGCACCAUUGGGGGUGAACCUGUUUACCUCACUACCGUGAAAAUAACUCCAAGUGAAAAUCCAGUCACAGUGGAAAGUCCUUCUGGAGAAAAGAAACCUGAAGUCUUCCAAAAGAUUGAGGGCACUCCAGAUCCAACAGAUUCUACUACUUUUGAAGUUCCCGUCAAUGGUCCAGUAUCAGACAUUCUUGUGCCGAGUACUAGUAGUGUAUCUGAAAUUGUCAUAUGCCAGCACGAGACAACAGGAACAACUACAAGUGGAACAACGACAACCAGUGGAACAACCACCACAAGUGGUACAACCACAACAAGUGGUACAACAACUACAAGUGGAACAACAACCAGUGGAACAACAACCAGUGGAACAACAACCAGUGGAACAACAACAACCAGUGGAACAACAACGGGAACGACUCCAUGUGACAAGAUUGAUCUUAUGGACUCAAGUGAGAACCCAUCACCAGCACCGACAUCCUCCCCAGUCGGUAAUACAGACAACCCUCUCUCGGAAAUUCCAUUGGAGGACUCACCUUUUGUUGACACAGUCAAAGUCACAUCUAAAACAAUCUUCACUUCAGUGCCAUCUAAGGAAACCACAAACCCUCAGGCGACUGAGUUCCCUGUCAAACCUUCGACUGAUGAGAUUAUCUUGGUAACCGACAAGAAACCCGAUGGCUUCACAGUCAAUGGUACACCAGUUGAUACCUCCAGCAGUACCACUGGCACCAUUGGGGGUGAACCUGUUUACCUCACUACCGUGAAAAUAACUCCAAGUGAAAAUCCAGUCACAGUGGAAAGUCCUUCUGGAGAAAAGAAACCUGAAGUCUUCCAAAAGAUUGAGGGCACUCCAGAUCCAACAGAUUCUACUACUUUUGAAGUUCCCGUCAAUGGUCCAGUAUCAGACAUUCUUGUGCCGAGUACUAGUAGUGUAUCUGAAAUUGUCAUAUGCCAGCACGAGACAACAGGAACAACUACAAGUGGAACAACGACAACCAGUGGAACAACCACCACAAGUGGUACAACCACAACAAGUGGUACAACAACUACAAGUGGAACAACAACCAGUGGAACAACAACCAGUGGAACAACAACCAGUGGAACAACAACAACCAGUGGAACAACAACGGGAACGACUCCAUGUGACAAGAUUGAUCUUAUGGACUCAAGUGAGAACCCAUCACCAGCACCGACAUCCUCCCCAGUCGGUAAUACAGACAACCCUCUCUCGGAAAUUCCAUUGGAGGACUCACCUUUUGUUGACACAGUCAAAGUCACAUCUAAAACAAUCUUCACUUCAGUGCCAUCUAAGGAAACCACAAACCCUCAGGCGACCGAGUUCCCUGUCAAACCUUCGACUGAUGAGAUUAUCUUGGUAACCGACAAGAAACCUGAUGGCUUCACAGUCAAUGGUACACCAGUUGAUACCUCCAGCAGUACCACUGGCACCAUUGGGGGUGAACCUGUUUACCUCACUACCGUGAAAAUAACUCCAAGUGAAAAUCCAGUCACAGUGGAAAGUCCUUCUGGAGAAAAGAAACCUGAAGUCUUCCAAAAGAUUGAGGGCACUCCAGAUCCAACAGAUUCUACUAUUUUUGAAGUUCCCGUCAAUGGUCCAGUAUCAGACAUUCUUGUGCCGAGUACUAGUAGUGUAUCUGAAAUUGUCAUAUGCCAGCACGAGACAACAGGAACAACUACAAGUGGAACAACGACAACCAGUGGAACAACCACCACAAGUGGUACAACCACAACAAGUGGUACAACAACUACAAGUGGAACAACAACCAGUGGAACAACAACCAGUGGAACAACAACCAGUGGAACAACAACAACCAGUGGAACAACAACGGGAACGACUCCAUGUGACAAGAUUGAUCUUAUGGACUCAAGUGAGAACCCAUCACCAGCACCGACAUCCUCCCCAGUCGGUAAUACAGACAACCCUCUCUCGGAAAUUCCAUUGGAGGACUCACCUUUUGUUGACACAGUCAAAGUCACAUCUAAAACAAUCUUCACUUCAGUGCCAUCUAAGGAAACCACAAACCCUCAGGCGACCGAGUUCCCUGUCAAACCUUCGACUGAUGAGAUUAUCUUGGUAACCGACAAGAAACCCGAUGGCUUCACAGUCAAUGGUACACCAGUUGAUACCUCCAGCAGUACCACUGGCACCAUUGGGGGUGAACCUGUUUACCUCACUACCGUGAAAAUAACUCCAAGUGAAAAUCCAGUCACAGUGGAAAGUCCUUCUGGAGAAAAGAAACCUGAAGUCUUCCAAAAGAUUGAGGGCACUCCAGAUCCAACAGAUUCUACUAUUUUUGAAGUUCCCGUCAAUGGUCCAGUAUCAGACAUUCUUGUGCCGAGUACUAGUAGUGUAUCUGAAAUUGUCAUAUGCCAGCACGAGACAACAGGAACAACUACAAGUGGAACAACGACAACCAGUGGAACAACCACCACAAGUGGUACAACCACAACAAGUGGUACAACAACUACAAGUGGAACAACAACCAGUGGAACAACAACCAGUGGAACAACAACCAGUGGAACAACAACAACCAGUGGAACAACAACGGGAACGACUCCAUGUGACAAGAUUGAUCUUAUGGACUCAAGUGAGAACCCAUCACCAGCACCGACAUCCUCCCCAGUCGGUAAUACAGACAACCCUCUCUCGGAAAUUCCAUUGGAGGACUCACCUUUUGUUGACACAGUCAAAGUCACAUCUAAAACAAUCUUCACUUCAGUGCCAUCUAAGGAAACCACAAACCCUCAGGCGACCGAGUUCCCUGUCAAACCUUCGACUGAUGAGAUUAUCUUGGUAACCGACAAGAAACCCGAUGGCUUCACAGUCAAUGGUACACCAGUUGAUACCUCCAGCAGUACCACUGGCACCAUUGGGGGUGAACCUGUUUACCUCACUACCGUGAAAAUAACUCCAAGUGAAAAUCCAGUCACAGUGGAAAGUCCUUCUGGAGAAAAGAAACCUGAAGUCUUCCAAAAGAUUGAGGGCACUCCAGAUCCAACAGAUUCUACUACUUUUGAAGUUCCCGUCAAUGGUCCAGUAUCAGACAUUCUUGUGCCGAGUACUAGUAGUGUAUCUGAAAUUGUCAUAUGCCAGCACGAGACAACAGGAACAACUACAAGUGGAACAACGACAACCAGUGGAACAACCACCACAAGUGGUACAACCACAACAAGUGGUACAACCACUACAAGUGGAACAACAACCAGUGGAACAACAACCAGUGGAACAACAACCAGUGGAACAACAACAACCAGUGGAACAACAACGGGAACGACUCCAUGUGACAAGAUUGAUCUUAUGGACUCAAGUGAGAACCCAUCACCAGCACCGACAUCCUCCCCAGUCGGUAAUACAGACAACCCUCUCUCGGAAAUUCCAUUGGAGGACUCACCUUUUGUUGACACAGUCAAAGUCACAUCUAAAACAAUCUUCACUUCAGUGCCAUCUAAGGAAACCACAAACCCUCAGGCGACUGAGUUCCCUGUCAAACCUUCGACUGAUGAGAUUAUCUUGGUAACCGACAAGAAACCCGAUGGCUUCACAGUCAAUGGUACACCAGUUGAUACCUCCAGCAGUACCACUGGCACCAUUGGGGGUGAACCUGUUUACCUCACUACCGUGAAAAUAACUCCAAGUGAAAAUCCAGUCACAGUGGAAAGUCCUUCUGGAGAAAAGAAACCUGAAGUCUUCCAAAAGAUUGAGGGCACUCCAGAUCCAACAGAUUCUACUACUUUUGAAGUUCCCGUCAAUGGUCCAGUAUCAGACAUUCUUGUGCCGAGUACUAGUAGUGUAUCUGAAAUUGUCAUAUGCCAGCACGAGACAACAGGAACAACUACAAGUGGAACAACGACAACCAGUGGAACAACCACCACAAGUGGUACAACCACAACAAGUGGUACAACCACUACAAGUGGAACAACAACCAGUGGAACAACAACCAGUGGAACAACAACCAGUGGAACAACAACAACCAGUGGAACAACAACGGGAACGACUCCAUGUGACAAGAUUGAUCUUAUGGACUCAAGUGAGAACCCAUCACCAGCACCGACAUCCUCCCCAGUCGGUAAUACAGACAACCCUCUCUCGGAAAUUCCAUUGGAGGACUCACCUUUUGUUGACACAGUCAAAGUCACAUCUAAAACAAUCUUCACUUCAGUGCCAUCUAAGGAAACCACAAACCCUCAGGCGACUGAGUUCCCUGUCAAACCUUCGACUGAUGAGAUUAUCUUGGUAACCGACAAGAAACCCGAUGGCUUCACAGUCAAUGGUACACCAGUUGAUACCUCCAGCAGUACCACUGGCACCAUUGGGGGUGAACCUGUUUACCUCACUACCGUGAAAAUAACUCCAAGUGAAAAUCCAGUCACAGUGGAAAGUCCUUCUGGAGAAAAGAAACCUGAAGUCUUCCAAAAGAUUGAGGGCACUCCAGAUCCAACAGAUUCUACUACUUUUGAAGUUCCCGUCAAUGGUCCAGUAUCAGACAUUCUUGUGCCGAGUACUAGUAGUGUAUCUGAAAUUGUCAUAUGCCAGCACGAGACAACAGGAACAACUACAAGUGGAACAACGACAACCAGUGGAACAACCACCACAAGUGGUACAACCACAACAAGUGGUACAACCACUACAAGUGGAACAACAACCAGUGGAACAACAACCAGUGGAACAACAACCAGUGGAACAACAACAACCAGUGGAACAACAACGGGAACGACUCCAUGUGACAAGAUUGAUCUUAUGGACUCAAGUGAGAACCCAUCACCAGCACCGACAUCCUCCCCAGUCGGUAAUACAGACAACCCUCUCUCGGAAAUUCCAUUGGAGGACUCACCUUUUGUUGACACAGUCAAAGUCACAUCUAAAACAAUCUUCACUUCAGUGCCAUCUAAGGAAACCACAAACCCUCAGGCGACUGAGUUCCCUGUCAAACCUUCGACUGAUGAGAUUAUCUUGGUAACCGACAAGAAACCCGAUGGCUUCACAGUCAAUGGUACACCAGUUGAUACCUCCAGCAGUACCACUGGCACCAUUGGGGGUGAACCUGUUUACCUCACUACCGUGAAAAUAACUCCAAGUGAAAAUCCAGUCACAGUGGAAAGUCCUUCUGGAGAAAAGAAACCUGAAGUCUUCCAAAAGAUUGAGGGCACUCCAGAUCCAACAGAUUCUACUACUUUUGAAGUUCCCGUCAAUGGUCCAGUAUCAGACAUUCUUGUGCCGAGUACUAGUAGUGUAUCUGAAAUUGUCAUAUGCCAGCACGAGACAACAGGAACAACUACAAGUGGAACAACGACAACCAGUGGAACAACCACCACAAGUGGUACAACCACAACAAGUGGUACAACAACUACAAGUGGAACAACAACCAGUGGAACAACAACCAGUGGAACAACAACAACCAGUGGAACAACAACGGGAACGACUCCAUGUGACAAGAUUGAUCUUAUGGACUCAAGUGAGAACCCAUCACCAGCACCGACAUCCUCCCCAGUCGGUAAUACAGACAACCCUCUCUCGGAAAUUCCAUUGGAGGACUCACCUUUUGUUGACACAGUCAAAGUCACAUCUAAAACAAUCUUCACUUCAGUGCCAUCUAAGGAAACCACAAACCCUCAGGCGACUGAGUUCCCUGUCAAACCUUCGACUGAUGAGAUUAUCUUGGUAACCGACAAGAAACCCGAUGGCUUCACAGUCAAUGGUACACCAGUUGAUACCUCCAGCAGUACCACUGGCACCAUUGGGGGUGAACCUGUUUACCUCACUACCGUGAAAAUAACUCCAAGUGAAAAUCCAGUCACAGUGGAAAGUCCUUCUGGAGAAAAGAAACCUGAAGUCUUCCAAAAGAUUGAGGGCACUCCAGAUCCAACAGAUUCUACUACUUUUGAAGUUCCCGUCAAUGGUCCAGUAUCAGACAUUCUUGUGCCAAGUACUAGUAGUGUAUCUGAAAUUGUCAUAUGCCAGCACGAGACAACAGGAACAACUACAAGUGGAACAACGACAACCAGUGGAACAACCACCACAAGUGGUACUACCACAACAAGUGGUACAACCACUACAAGUGGAACAACAACCAGUGGAACAACAACCAGUGGAACAACAACAACCAGUGGAACAACAACGGGAACGACUCCAUGUGACAAGAUUGAUCUUAUGGACUCAAGUGAGAACCCAUCACCAGCACCGACAUCCUCCCCAGUCGGUAAUACAGACAACCCUCUCUCGGAAAUUCCAUUGGAGGACUCACCUUUUGUUGACACAGUCAAAGUCACAUCUAAAACAAUCUUCACUUCAGUGCCAUCUAAGGAAACCACAAACCCUCAGGCGACUGAGUUCCCUGUCAAACCUUCGACUGAUGAGAUUAUCUUGGUAACCGACAAGAAACCCGAUGGCUUCACAGUCAAUGGUACACCAGUUGAUACCUCCAGCAGUACCACUGGCACCAUUGGGGGUGAACCUGUUUACCUCACUACCGUGAAAAUAACUCCAAGUGAAAAUCCAGUCACAGUGGAAAGUCCUUCUGGAGAAAAGAAACCUGAAGUCUUCCAAAAGAUUGAGGGCACUCCAGAUCCAACAGAUUCUACUACUUUUGAAGUUCCCGUCAAUGGUCCAGUAUCAGACAUUCUUGUGCCGAGUACUAGUAGUGUAUCUGAAAUUGUCAUAUGCCAGCACGAGACAACAGGAACAACUACAAGUGGAACAACGACAACCAGUGGAACAACCACCACAAGUGGUACAACCACAACAAGUGGUACAACCACUACAAGUGGAACAACAACCAGUGGAACAACAACCAGUGGAACAACAACCAGUGGAACAACAACAACCAGUGGAACAACAACGGGAACGACUCCAUGUGACAAGAUUGAUCUUAUGGACUCAAGUGAGAACCCAUCACCAGCACCGACAUCCUCCCCAGUCGGUAAUACAGACAACCCUCUCUCGGAAAUUCCAUUGGAGGACUCACCUUUUGUUGACACAGUCAAAGUCACAUCUAAAACAAUCUUCACUUCAGUGCCAUCUAAGGAAACCACAAACCCUCAGGCGACUGAGUUCCCUGUCAAACCUUCGACUGAUGAGAUUAUCUUGGUAACCGACAAGAAACCCGAUGGCUUCACAGUCAAUGGUACACCAGUUGAUACCUCCAGCAGUACCACUGGCACCAUUGGGGGUGAACCUGUUUACCUCACUACCGUGAAAAUAACUCCAAGUGAAAAUCCAGUCACAGUGGAAAGUCCUUCUGGAGAAAAGAAACCUGAAGUCUUCCAAAAGAUUGAGGGCACUCCAGAUCCAACAGAUUCUACUACUUUUGAAGUUCCCGUCAAUGGUCCAGUAUCAGACAUUCUUGUGCCAAGUACUAGUAGUGUAUCUGAAAUUGUCAUAUGCCAGCACGAGACAACAGGAACAACUACAAGUGGAACAACGACAACCAGUGGAACAACCACCACAAGUGGUACAACCACAACAAGUGGUACAACAACUACAAGUGGAACAACAACUAGUGGAACAACAACCAGUGGAACAACAACGGGAACGACUCCAUGUGACAAGAUUGAUCUUAUGGACUCAAGUGAGAACCCAUCACCAGCACCGACAUCCUCCCCAGUCGGUAAUACAGACAACCCUCUCUCGGAAAUUCCAUUGGAGGACUCACCUUUUGUUGACACAGUCAAAGUCACAUCUAAAACAAUCUUCACUUCAGUGCCAUCUAAGGAAACCACAAACCCUCAGGCGACUGAGUUCCCUGUCAAACCUUCGACUGAUGAGAUUAUCUUGGUAACCGACAAGAAACCCGAUGGCUUCACAGUCAAUGGUACACCAGUUGAUACCUCCAGCAGUACCACUGGCACCAUUGGGGGUGAACCUGUUUACCUCACUACCGUGAAAAUAACUCCAAGUGAAAAUCCAGUCACAGUGGAAAGUCCUUCUGGAGAAAAGAAACCUGAAGUCUUCCAAAAGAUUGAGGGCACUCCAGAUCCAACAGAUUCUACUACUUUUGAAGUUCCCGUCAAUGGUCCAGUAUCAGACAUUCUUGUGCCGAGUACUAGUAGUGUAUCUGAAAUUGUCAUAUGCCAGCACGAGACAACAGGAACAACUACAAGUGGAACAACGACAACCAGUGGAACAACCACCACAAGUGGAACAACAACGGGAACGACUCCAUGUGACAAGAUUGAUCUUAUGAACUCAAGUGAGAACCCAUCACCAGCACCGACAUCCUCCCCAGUCGGUAAUACAGACAACCCUCUCUCGGAAAUUCCAUUGGAGGACUCACCUUUUGUUGACACAGUCAAAGUCACAUCUAAAACAAUCUUCACUUCAGUGCCAUCUAAGGAAACCACAAACCCUCAGGCGACUGAGUUCCCUGUCAAACCUUCGACUGAUGAGAUUAUCUUGGUAACCGACAAGAAACCCGAUGGCUUCACAGUCAAUGGUACACCAGUUGAUACCUCCAGCAGUACCACUGGCACCAUUGGGGGUGAACCUGUUUACCUCACUACCGUGAAAAUAACUCCAAGUGAAAAUCCAGUCACAGUGGAAAGUCCUUCUGGAGAAAAGAAACCUGAAGUCUUCCAAAAGAUUGAGGGCACUCCAGAUCCAACAGAUUCUACUACUUUUGAAGUUCCCGUCAAUGGUCCAGUAUCAGACAUUCUUGUGCCGAGUACUAGCAGUGUAUCUGAAAUUGUCAUAUGCGAGCACGAGACAACAGGAACAACUACAAGUGGAACAACGACAACCAGUGGAACAACCACCACAAGUGGUACAACCACAACAAGUGGUACAACCACAACAAGUGGAACAACAACCAGUGGAACAACAACCAGUGGAACAACAACAACCAGUGGAACAACAACGGGAACGACUCCAUGUGACAAGAUUGAUCUUAUGGACUCAAGUGAGAACCCAUCACCAGCACCGACAUCCUCCCCAGUCGGUAAUACAGACAACCCUCUCUCGGAAAUUCCAUUGGAGGACUCACCUUUUGUUGACACAGUCAAAGUCACAUCUAAAACAAUCUUCACUUCAGUGCCAUCUAAGGAAACCACAAACCCUCAGGCGACUGAGUUCCCUGUCAAACCUUCGACUGAUGAGAUUAUCUUGGUAACCGACAAGAAACCCGAUGGCUUCACAGUCAAUGGUACACCAGUUGAUACCUCCAGCAGUACCACUGGCACCAUUGGGGGUGAACCUGUUUACCUCACUACCGUGAAAAUAACUCCAAGUGAAAAUCCAGUCACAGUGGAAAGUCCUUCUGGAGAAAAGAAACCUGAAGUCUUCCAAAAGAUUGAGGGCACUCCAGAUCCAACAGAUUCUACUACUUUUGAAGUUCCCGUUAAUGGUCCAGUAUCAGACAUUCUUGUGCCGAGUACUAGUAGUGUAUCUGAAAUUGUCAUAUGCCAGCACGAGACAACAGGAACAACUACAAGUGGAACAACGACAACCAGUGGUACAACAACUACAAGUGGAACAACAACCAGUGGAACAACAACCAGUGGAACAACAACAACCAGUGGAACAACAACGGGAACGACUCCAUGUGACAAGAUUGAUCUUAUGGACUCAAGUGAGAACCCAUCACCAGCACCGACAUCCUCCCCAGUCGGUAAUACAGACAACCCUCUCUCGGAAAUUCCAUUGGAGGACUCACCUUUUGUUGACACAGUCAAAGUCACAUCUAAAACAAUCUUCACUUCAGUGCCAUCUAAGGAAACCACAAACCCUCAGGCGACUGAGUUCCCUGUCAAACCUUCGACUGAUGAGAUUAUCUUGGUAACCGACAAGAAACCCGAUGGCUUCACAGUCAAUGGUACACCAGUUGAUACCUCCAGCAGUACCACUGGCACCAUUGGGGGUGAACCUGUUUACCUCACUACCGUGAAAAUAACUCCAAGUGAAAAUCCAGUCACAGUGGAAAGUCCUUCUGGAGAAAAGAAACCUGAAGUCUUCCAAAAGAUUGAGGGCACUCCAGAUCCAACAGAUUCUACUACUUUUGAAGUUCCUGUCAAUGGUCCAGUAUCAGACAUUCUUGUGCCGAGUACUAGUAGUGUAUCUGAAAUUGUCAUAUGCGAGCACGAGACAACAGGAACAACUACAAGUGGAACAACAACCAGUGGAACAACAACCAGUGGAACUACAACCAGUGGAACAACUACCAGUGGAACAACAACCAGUGGAACAACAACAACCAGUGGUACAACCACAACCAGUGGCACAACCACAACCAGUGGCACGACAGGCACACCUUGCAGCAAGGUAGACUUGAUGAGCCCAGGGGAUAAUGCAGUCACACCCCAACCAAGCAGUCUAGGCCUUCCAACGGACAACCUGUUGGAAUUCCCAUUGCCAGAAAACACACUGGUCGAUAGUGUAACUUCGACAUCGCCCUUCGUGUAUUCGCCUCUUGAAGAACCAUCUCCUGGGGCACCAUUUAACAUCAAACCCACAACCAAGGUGAUUCUUCUGCUAACAGACGAAUCUCCAUCUGGUUUCGAAGUUAAUGGGAGCCCUGUAGAUACAACAACAACUGUUUCUGGCACAAGGAAUAGUAAUCCGUUAUAUGUAACUGUUAUUGACAUAACAGAGGGUACAACUGUAGAUGUUAAAGCACCAGGGGGAGUAAACAGGCCAGUUGUAUUUGAAAAGAUUGAUGGAGUUCAACUCCCCGGGACAAACAGCUACAAGGUGCCUAUAAAUAAAGAGGUUACAAGUAUUAUUGUGCCAAAGAACACAGAUGUUGAAAAGAUCGAGAUAUGCGAACAUUUAACAACAGGAACAACAACCAGCGGAACAACAACAAGUGGAACAACAACCAGCGGAACAACAACCAGUGGAACAACCACAACCAGUGGAACAACCACAACCAGUGGAACAACCACAACUAGUGGAACUACUGGCACACCUUGCAGCAAGGUAGACUUGAUGAGCCCAGGGGAUAAUGCAGUCACACCCCAACCAAGCAGUCUAGGCCUUCCAACGGACAACCUGUUGGAAUUCCCAUUGCCAGAAAACACACUGGUCGAUAGUGUAACUUCGUCAUCGCCCUUCGUGUAUUCGCCUCUUGAAGAACCAUCUCCUGGGGCACCAUUUAACAUCAAACCCACAACCAAGGUGAUUCUUCUGCUAACAGACGAAUCUCCAUCUGGUUUCGAAGUUAAUGGGAGCCCUGUAGAUACAACAACAACUGUUUCUGGCACAAGGAAUAGUAAUCCGUUAUAUGUAACUGUUAUUGACAUAACAGAGGGUACAACUGUAGAUGUUAAAGCACCAGGGGGAGUAAACAGGCCAGUUGUAUUUGAAAAGAUUGAUGGAGUUCAACUCCCCGGGACAAACAGCUACAAGGUGCCUAUAAAUAAAGAGGUUACAAGUAUUAUUGUGCCAAAGAACACAGAUGUUGAAAAGAUCGAGAUAUGCGAACAUUUAACAACAGGAACAACAACCAGCGGAACAACAACAAGUGGAACAACAACCAGCGGAACAACAACCAGUGGAACAACCACAACCAGUGGAACAACCACAACCAGUGGAACAACCACAACUAGUGGAACUACUGGCACACCUUGCAGCAAGGUAGACUUGAUGAGCCCAGGGGAUAAUGCAGUCACACCCCAACCAAGCAGUCUAGGCCUUCCAACGGACAACCUGUUGGAAUUCCCAUUGCCAGAAAACACACUGGUCGAUAGUGUCACUUCGACAUCGCCCUUCGUGUAUUCGCCUCUUGAAGAACCAUCUCCUGGGGCACCAUUUAACAUCAAACCCACAACCAAGGUGAUUCUUCUGCUAACAGACGAAUCUCCAUCUGGUUUCGAAGUUAAUGGGAGCCCUGUAGAUACAACAACAACUGUUUCUGGCACAAGGAAUAGUAAUCCGUUAUAUGUAACUGUUAUUGACAUAACAGAGGGUACAACUGUAGAUGUUAAAGCACCAGGGGGAGUAAACAGGCCAGUUGUAUUUGAAAAGAUUGAUGGAGUUCAACUCCCCGGUACAAACAGCUACAAGGUGCCUAUAAAUAAAGAGGUUACAAGUAUUAUUGUGCCAAAGAACACAGAUGUUGAAAAGAUCGAGAUAUGCGAACAUUUAACAACAGGAACAACAACCAGCGGAACAACAACAAGUGGAACAACAACAAGUGGAACAACAACCAGCGGAACAACAACCAGUGGAACAACCACAACCAGUGGAACAACCACAACCAGUGGAACAACCACAACUAGUGGAACAACUGGAAAGUUGUGUGAGGAUACCGACAAUGAGAGUACGGAAUAUCUCAUUGCUACUCCUCUUACUGACACAACAAACACAAGGGCCCUUGUUCGGGCAGAUAUCCAAGGGCAGAUAAUGACCAUCGAAAAUCCUGCUGGUGGAGCAACACCUCCGAUGUUUUUCGCAGUUGACAGUUUGCUUACUGUAAAAGAUGGGGAUCAAGUUACUGGGCCUCUGUUUAUUGAAGAGGAACAAGCUGGUAACAAGGUUUCAGUGACAGCAACCACUGGAGGAGACACACCGAACACUAUGACUUUCAGUGACACGUUCACGGUUGUUCUUCCAACUGGAAGCUCUCCACUCGUCAUAUCAAAUUUAAAUCCUGGGGACAAGAUUUACUCAUUGGUAGAAGUGUCAGACGCCGUUCUCCCAUUGAAGGCGAGUCCAGAUGGUACAACGGAGCUCCUUGCCAUUGCAAACAAAGAAUUCACAUUCGCCCAAGUCGGCGUGAAGGCAUGUGUGAAGACCGAGACAACCUCUACUAGUGGAACAACAACCAGCGGUACAACAACCAGUGGAACAACAACCAGUGGAACAACAACAAGCUCUACCACUGUGUCAACCACUACCUCGGCAACCACAGGCACCUGCAGACAUGAGACUAUCCAAGAUUCAAAAGUGGAAGAAAGUGAAAACGCCUCACUUGUGACCAUACCCACUAAAUCCAAUGAAAUAAUCGGUGAUGUGAACCUCGGUUUCACUGGAACCGCAAGGGUGUUUACAGUUCAAGACACACGUUCGUCACCACAACAAAGCGUCACUUUGGAUGUGACAGAGGAAAUGAAAAAUGAAUUUUCUCUGGUGGCUGAUGGAACCCUUGGGACAUUCACGAUCACUGAAACAGUUGGUGGUGCACCUGUUCCCUUCACUGUCGACAUCACUACUACCAAGCGUGUAAUGGUCACUGUCAAGAAUGCUGAUCCAUCCAAAGAGUUAACAAUUGUAUAUUCCGAACCUCUUGAUCAACUAACGAUUGCAAGAGGACUUGGUGAAUUAGAUACUUCAAAACCCAUAACAAUCAACCAGGCGACCUCAUUCAUCAUUGUGCUUUUUGCGCCAAAAGUGGACUCCGCCACUUUGAAAUCUGCCAUAAACGUUGGUGGCAUCAGUUAUUGUGGCGAGGAAACAACAGGUACAACAACUUCCGGAACAACAACGAGCGCAACAACGUCAGGAACAACAACCAGUGCAACAACGUCAGGAACAACAACCAGUGCAACAACGUCAGGAACAACAACCAGCGCUACAACGUCAGGAACAACAAGUGCUACAACCAGCGGCACGACCACAGGAACAACAUCAACUUCUACCACCACUACUACUACGGAAGGUACAGGUCUGUUCGGAACAACGGAAGCUCCAACAUCCACAACCACAGCCACAACUAGACCACAUUUUACAGUCGAAACGACAACCACUUCAGGAACUACAUCGUCUACAACGGAAGUGUGUGAAAAGAAGACCGUUCCCGCAGAUGACAUAUUAGUGGACGCCAACGACAAACCCCAGUUAGGAGUUUCCUUCACAGCUACCCCUGGUGUCAAUGGCGACAUUCUACUGAACCUCAGAAUCAACACAAAAACAGGAAAUGUUGCAGAAAUUUUCUCACUCGCAAUAACCGCCACAAACACGGAAAAGGUCGUGUUGCAAACAUCGAACGAGGACGGGUCAUCCGAAAUAAUCAAGGAGGCUACGGCAGAAGGAAACAAAGCCGUUUUCAAUUUACCAGACGGACUUGAACUCGUAUCUACAAUAACACUUCAAGUCAAGAUAACGCUGAGACAAGGAGCUUCGUCCUCGGAGAUACAGAACAUUGAAUCCGAGGCUUGUUAUGAGGCGCCAGAAACAACAGCCACAACCACAUCUGGAACAACCACAUCCGGAACAACCACAAGCGGAACAACCACAAGCGGAACAACCACAUCCGGAACAACUACAAGCGGAACAACCACAUCCGGAACAACAACAGUGUGUGCAAACGUCAUGGAAGAUGUGCCAUUGGAUGAUUUCAAGGACCAAACCACAUUAUCGACCUUGCAGUCGAUAGGUCUCGUCUCCUUCACGAACAGUGAUGAAGUGAUAGAAACUGUGACUGCAGCAUCUGCCCCUCUUGUCAGAACAAAUGUCAACGGUGACGGCACUAUCACGACUAAAGACAAUGGCAACGUGAAACUGGUUGCUGUGAAAUACGAUAAAACAAGUAUUCCUACAAGCCCCAGAGUUACAGUUGGGAGCGCAGCACCAUUGACGCCAGUUGGUGAAGCACUUUUGGUCUCAGGUGACAAAGUGUUUUACUUUCUCAAUCCUGGAACACCAAGCAAUACAUUCACAGUAUCUGACUCGCCAAAGGAUGUAUUUACACGUGCUCCUGAAACGAGUCCCGGUACAUUUAGAGUUGAUGGUAAAGAAUUUGUGGAUGUUGGAAAGACGGUAACGGCUGGAAAGAUCUGCAGAGAAGAAACAACAGGCACAACAACCAGUGGAACAACUACAUCAGGAACAACAACCAGUGGUACAACUACAUCAGGAACAACAACCAGUGGUACAACCACAUCUGGAACAACAACCAGUGGUACAACCACAUCUGGAACAACAUCUAGUGGUACAACCACAUCUGGAACAACUACCAGUGGUACAACAACAACAUCUGGAACAACAACCAGUGGUACAACCACAUCUGGAACAACCACCAGUGGUACAACAACAUCUGGAACGACUACUAGUGGUACAACAACAACAUCUGGAACGACUACAACCAGCGGUACAACAACUAGUGGGACAACCACAACCAGUGGAACAACCACAACCAGCGGUACUACUACAUCCGGAACAACAACUAGCGGAACAACAGAAGAAGGAUGCAAGCAAUAUAAUAUGAAUGGCACCAGUGACGAUGCCCCGUUCAAUGUCGAGAAGUUUAUUGUCGGAAACAAGACUGUUCUCGAAGUGCAUUAUAGCCCUUCAGCCUUUGUGGAUAAGUACUACACAAGAGCACCACCAAACACAGAACCGAGCUUCUUUGAAGUUAUUUCAACUUCGCGUGAUCCUGGUGUCAGUAGAGAGUUGACUUUUGAGGAAACCACCAAAGAUAAGCAGACUAUCCUUGUGACGGUGGGGUCACUUGACGAGGCAGAACAAAUGACAUUCACUCAAGUGGGCACAGGUUCUCUCAUCACACCCAUUGCAAAAGAAAUUGGAGAAAACGCAUUUAGCAGAGAAACGGUCGUAUGUGUUUUCUUCAAUAAAGCCGAUGUGGUAAAUGGGAUUACAGUGAACGGAAACUUCAGACAGGCCACAUCGUUGAAAUACGUUGCAAAGUUGGUUGACAAUUCCUUGACCGUAAACAAGCAACUUAAAGGCUAUGUUAUAACCUUCAAUGGUGUGAUCGAAAAUCUGGAGGACACUGUUGGUGUUUGUGAGGAAGAAACAACUGGAACUACACAAGGCACAACAACCAGUGGUACAACAACCACCUCAGGUACAACUACAACAUCUGGAACAACAACCAGUGGCACUACAACUACCAGUGGUACAACAACCAGUGGCACAACAACCAGUGGCACAACAACCAGUGGCACAACAGGAACCUGCACACGUGAGAGUAUCACUACUGUAGUUGUGGAAAACGGUGAUGAUGUUUCUUUAGUCUCUAUUCGCACUAAGAACGACGAAAUAGUCGGCGAUGUGAACCUCGGUUUGUCAUCUGGCACCGCACAUUUGUUUUCAACCAUACAAGAGAUGCCUAAUCAGGAACUAAACCAGCGUGCCAACUCAAGCAUCAUUUUGAGUGUGACAGAUGACAUGAAGGAUGGAUUUUCUUUGGUGGCUACUGGAUAUAUUGCAGGCGAAUUUUUCAUCACCGAAACAGUUAGUGGUGCAUCUGUAACCUUUACUAUCGAAGCCAACACACCUAUGGCCGUUAUGGUGACUGUGAAGAAUAUUGAUCCAUCCAAACAGUUGACGAUAAGAUAUACCGAAAGUAUUGAUCAACUGAAGAUUGUGAAAUCUCUUGAUGAAUUUGAUCUUCCACGCCCCAUAUCAAUCAACCAAGUAACCCCCAUUAUCAUUGCGCUUAUUAAACCUAGAAUGAAUGAGGAUCAGCUUACGAAUGCCAUCAAAGAGAAUGGUGGCAUCAGUUAUUGUGGAGAGGAAACAACAGGAACUACUACUAGUGGAACAACAACCAGCGGAACAACAACAAGUGGAACAACAACCAGCGGAACAACAACAAGUGGAACAACCACAACAAGUGGAACAACAACCAGUGCAACAACAAUAGGAAUAUCUACGAAUGGGACAACUUCUGGAACAACAAGAUACAUAACCAGUGGUACUACCACGUCUGGAACAACAAGUGGAACUCAAACUUCUGGUAUAACGACAAGUGAUACUUCUUCCUCGGGAACCACAACAAGAGGAACCACUACUUUUGGAACAACCACAACCAGUGGAACUACCACGUCUGGAACAACAACAACCAGUGGAACUACCACAUCAGGUACAACAACAAGUGGAACUACCACGUCUGGAACAACCACGACCAGUGGAACUACCACAUCAGGAACAACAAUCAGUGGAACUACCCCAUCAGGUACAACAACCAGUGGAAUUACCCCAUCAGGUUCACCAACUAGUGGAACUAUCCCAUCAGGUACACCAACCAGUGGAACUACCACGUCUGGAACAACUACAACCAGUGGAACUACCACAUCAGGUACAACAACCAGUGGAACUACCACAUCAGGUACAACAACAAAUGGAAGUACCACGUCUGGAACAACAAAAACCAGUGGAACUACCACAUCAGGUACAACAACAAGUGGAAGUACCACAUCAGGUCCAACAACCAGUGGAACUACCACCUCAGGUACAGUAACUAGUGGAAUUACCACUUCUGGAACAACUACAACAAGUGGAACAACAACUUCUGGAAGAACCACAACCAGUGGAACUACCACGUCUGGGACAACAACAACCAGUGGAACUACGACAUCAGGUACAACAACCCGUGGAACUACCACCUCAGGUACAGUAACUAGUGGAAUUACUACUUCUGGAACAACUACAACAAGUGGAACAACAACUUCUGGAAGAACCACAACCAGUGGAACUACCACGUCUGGGACAACAACAACCAGUGGAACUACCACAUCAGGUACAACAACCCGUGGAACUACCACCUCAGGUACAGUAACUAGUGGAAUUACCACUUCUGGAACAACUACAACAAGUGGAACAACAACUUCUGGAAGAACCACAACCAGUGGAACUACCACGUCUGGGACAACUACAACCAGUGGAACUACCACAUCAGGUACAACAACCAGUGGAACUACCACGUCUGGAACAACAACCAGUGGAACUACCACCUCUGGAAUAACCACAACCAGUGGAACUACCUCAUCAGGUACAACAACUAGUGGAACUACCACCUCUGGAACAACGGCAAGUGGAACUACCACUUCUGGAACUACCAGAACCAGUGGAUCUACCACAUCAAGUACAACAACAAUUGGAACUACCACACCAGGUACAACAACCAGUGGAACUACCACUUCAGGAACAACAACCAGUGGAACUACCACCUCUGGAAUAACCACAACCAGUGGAACUACCUCAUCAGGUACAACAACUAGUGGAACUACCACCUCUGGAACAACGGCAAGUGGAACUACCAUUUCUGGAACAACCACAACCAGUGGAACUACAACUUCUGGAACAACCUCAACAAGUGGAACUACCACAUCAGGAAAAACUACAACCAGUGGAACUACCACGUCUGGAACAACAACCAGUGGAACUACCACCUCUGGAAUAACCACAACCAGUGGAACUACCUCAUCAGGUACAACAACUAGUGGAACUACCACCUCUGGAACAACGGCAAGUGGAACUACCACUUCUGGAACUACCAGAACCAGUGGAUCUACCACAUCAAGUACAACAACAAUUGGAACUACCACACCAGGUACAACAACCAGUGGAACUACCACUUCAGGAACAACAACCAGUGGAACUACCACCUCUGGAAUAACCACAACCAGUGGAACUACCUCAUCAGGUACAACAACUAGUGGAACUACCACCUCUGGAACAACGGCAAGUGGAACUACCAUUUCUGGAACAACCACAACCAGUGGAACUACAACUUCUGGAACAACCUCAACAAGUGGAACUACCACAUCAGGAAAAACUACAACCAGUGGAACUACCACAUCAGGAACAACUACAACCAGUGGUACAACAACAUCAGGAACAACUAGAACCAGUGGAACCACCACUUCUGGAACAACUAGAACCAGUGGAACUACCACAUCAGGAACAACUACAACAAGUGGAGCUACCACCUCUGGAACAACUAGAACCAGUGGAACUACCACAUCAGGGGCAACAACCAGUAGAACUACCACUUCUGGAACAACAACAAGAGGAACUACCACGUCUGAAACAACUUCAACCAGUGGAACUACCACAUCAGGUACAACAACCAGUGGAACUACCUCUUCUGGAACAACAACAACCAGUGGAACUACCACUUCAGGUCUAACAACCAGUGGAACUACCACGUCUGGAACAACAACAACAACAACCAGUGGAACUACCACAUCAGGUACAACAACCAGUGGAACUACCACUUCUGGAAUAACUACAACCAGUGGAACUACCACCUCAGGAACGACUACAACCAGUGGUACAACGACAUCGGGAACAACUACAACCACUGGAACUACCUCUUCCGGAACAACUUCAACCAGUGGAAGUACAACAUCAGGAACGACUAUAACCAGUGGUACAACGGCAUCGGGAACAUCUACAACCAGUGGAACUACCUCUUCUGGAACAACUUCAACCAGUGGUACUAUGACAUCAGAAACAACCACAACCGGUGGUACUACCACAUCGGGUACAACAACCAGUGGUACUACCACUUCAGUGCCACCAACAUGUUGGGAAACGUGGGGAGAGUGGUCCGCCUGCGAAUCUGGAUGUGUCGCCGUUACGAGAACCAGAAACAGAAACUGCACUGAUGACGUCAGGUGCAACUGCGAUUCCUCGAAUGUACAGGAGAAUCCAUGUCCAUCAGACUGUUCUACACCUGUUUGCGGAGAAAACAUGAAGAUCAGUACAAACUGCAAUGAGACCUGUGAGACCUGUUACGGCAUGCGAUUUUCCGCGUCCUGUGUGACCGCUGGUGACUGCGUCAUUGGUGAAACAUGUGUCUGUGAGGAAGGCUACAAGAUGGAGGACUCCAAGUGCAUACCUAAGGAAGAAUGUGGAUGUUACGAUAGUGAAGGGAAAAAGUACAAUGAAGAAGAAGUUUACCCAUCAACAACUGGAAACACAUGUGAAGAAUGCAAAUGUAAUUUUGAGAAAAAAUUCGUCUGUAUGCCAAAGGAGAACUGCUGCAACUGGGCUGAAUGGACAUCGUGGGGUGCAUGCGAUCCACUAUGCGGAAAGAAUGCCACAAAAUCGAGGACAAGGAUCGCACAGAGCGCAGCUACCUGCGAGGAGCAACAGCCGAAGACUGAGACCGCCGACUGCGUUGUACCACUAUGUGCUUGCAAUUAUGGGGGUAACGUCAUCCCAAGCGGCGAAACGGUCAGAGAGGAGUGUUUCACUAUUGAAUGCGAAGACGGAAACUACACCAAGGUUCCCGGGUCACCAAUUGAUGGCAAGUAUAAGGAAUGGAGCCAGUGGUCAACCGAUUCUUGUAAUGGAAAGAUGUGCAGGGACAGGAACAUGACAAGGUCAAGAGAGUGCGAUGGACCAAAAUGCGAAGGCCAAGACUGUGCUAAUGGUCCCAUACAUGAGGAGACAGAGCCUUGUGGAACAGCCGAGUGCUGCGAGCCUGUAUGGACUGCUUGGACCGAGUGCAGCAAGGAAUGCGUCAAAGAUGGUGAAGACAAAGGUGUCAGAACAAGGAACUUCACAAUCGCCAAUCCCGACGACAAGAACUGUCAGAACACUGAGAUGACCGAGGAGUCCUGCGGAGAGCCAUGCUAUUGCAACAAGUACGUUUGGAGCGAAUGGGCAACAUGUGAAGGCACAUGUGGACUUCAGAACGUCACAAGAACACGUGAUAUACAGAAUGAUGUGAGGUGUCAAGAUGUGCCAACAGAGGAGUCCCGCGCGUGCUACAUUGAAGCAUGCAAAUGCGACAAACCCAACGAGGAGUAUAGCAACUACACCUACUGCCAAAUGACUUGUGAAGAUAGGACCCCGAAGGACAACUGCGAUGCCACUCCAAUGCCCGGAUGUAUGUGUACCAACAACACUGUCCGACGUGGCAGCGAUUGCGUGACAAUAGAGGAGUGUCAAGAAUGUAUUUAUAACGGUGUGGUGUUUAAGGACGGAGACGUCAUCACGGAUCCAUUAGAUAACUGCACCAAGUUCAUCUGUGCAGAAGGGGUGCCACUGUCACAUGACGACUGUGUGAAAGAAUGCAACUCAGACACCGAAGAUAUGGUUCUUGCUCCCGAAGGCUCUUGCUGCAAGUAUGAAUGUAAGAAGAAGACAUGCCAACCCUCUGCUGAAAAGGUCAAGAUUGGCGUGGAGGGUUGUAUUGCAAGCUUUGAGGUAGAUCAGUACUUCUGCAAGGGUGACUGCGGGCCUAGUUCCUUCACCUACGAUGUCUCUAAGAAUAACGAGAUGGUGAAGGAGUGUAGAUGUUGCAUCCCUGCCGAGACGUCUCUCCAGAACUACACCGUCACCUGUGACGACAAUUCUCCCCGUACCAUCAGCAUCAGGAAAAUCACCAGCUGCUCUUGUAACAUGUGUGCGUAAAGGCCGCGGGUAACCAGUCUUGGAAUAUGUUGAAAUAAAGACUGCAGUACUCACGCUACAGAGCAAGCAUUAUUAACUUAUCUAUGUAUUUGUGAAUUGUAAUUUGAAAAGUGAAUAAAAUAUGCAUAAUUAUAUAAAUAUAAA